UAACCGAGUAGUUACGAUUGAAAGAAAUCCGGGAAAUUCCAAUAUGGAUGCGCCCUGUGUAUCAGACUUGUGUUCAAAAUAUAUGUGGAUUGUAAUCUGUGGAUUGUAGUAAUAUGGAUGAGUUUAUGAAUAGUACCAAAUAAUGGAAGGGUACAAAAAAGAACUGAGGGAAGUCAGAGAACAGUUGGAGGAUAUUGAAAUCCAGAUCGAGACUCUUCUCCAGACUCAGUCAGAUCUAGCAGCAAGGAAAGAAGAGCUAGAAAAGCUUAUUCAGACGAGUAGCAACAGGACAACACAGUCCCAAUCACAGGCAGCAGACUCACAGAAAUGGAACACAGAAGAUUUUACAUGGAGUGCUGCCUUAAAACAGAAAAUGAAGACUAUAUUCAAGAUCAAUGAGUUAAGACCAAUGCAGUUACAGACUAUGAAUGUCACCAUGUCUGGUAAAGACUGUAUUCUGAUAAUGCCUACUGGUGGAGGCAAAAGCCUGUGUUUUCAACUUCCAGCACUGCUAAGCAAAGGUGUGACGCUGGUCGUGUCGCCGUUAGUGUCACUGAUGGAGGACCAGGUGAUUGCUCUGGAGAGUUACGACGUCGACGCGGUGAUGUUAAACGCCGCCACAGACAAAAACAAAGUGACCGCAGUCCAGAAUGCCAUGAUUGAUAAAAAUUCUCCCAUGAAACUGCUGUAUGUAACCCCAGAAAAGCUGGCCAAGAGUAAACGCUUCAUGGCCAAGCUGGAGAAAAUGUACGCCAUGGGAAGGUUUUCACAUCUAGUUAUUGAUGAGGUUCACUGCUGUUCACAAUGGGGACAUGAUUUUAGACCAGAUUACAAAUUCCUGGGAAUCAUGAAGCGACAGUUUCCAGAUGUUCCCAUUCUUGGACUAACUGCAACAGCCACUAAAUAUGUUAUAGAAGAUGUCAAGAAGAUACUCAAUAUUCCCUCAUGCAUACUGUUCAAGGCAUCUUUCAAUAGACCUAAUCUGUUCUAUGAGAUAAAAUCAAAGCCAUCUGAGCAUAAAGAAGCCAUGGAUGAAAUUCAGAGGCUCAUUCAAAGGAGAUUUUACAAUCAGUCUGGAAUUAUAUAUUGCUUUUCCCGUAAAGAAUCUCAGGAUGUUACAGCUGAUUUACGACAGAGAGGAAUAAAAACGGGGUGUUAUCAUGCAGACCUCAGCUCUCAUGAAAGAAGUCGGGUACAUAAAAUGUGGCUUAAAGAUGAAAUCAAGGUUGUGGUGGCUACGACUGCUUUUGGUAUGGGUAUAGAUAAGCCAGAUGUUCGCUUUGUGAUCCACCACUCUGUUAGCAAGUCCAUGGAGAACUUGUACCAGGAGAGUGGGAGGGCGGGCCGAGAUAACAAGCAGUCCCACUGUAUUGUGUUCUACAGACUGGCAGACAUAUUCCGACAGAGCACCAUGGUGUUCACAGAACAGACAGGGCUAGACAAUCUGUAUGGAAUCAUGGCUUACUGCAUGGAUCUCACCAGAUGCCGGAGAUCAGUGAUUGCUCAGCAUUUUGGAGAAUCCUGGGAUAGAUCAGACUGUAAGGAAAUGUGUGACCACUGUCAGACUCAAGCUGAGAUAGAAAAAAGAGAUGUAAAACAACAUUGUCAACUGAUCAUAGAAAUUUUAAAGCAAGCAUCUAGGCUGGAGGAAAGGCUGACAGCAAUAAAACUGAUGGAUGCCUUCCAAGGAAAGAAAGUGGGAGGGUUCAAGGUCACCGGUCUGUAUCUGCCCUCAGUCACGCGGGACGUACUGGAGAGGAUCGUAUCACUGAUGUUGAUCAGGGGUUAUCUGAGGGAGGACUUUCACUUCACGGCCUAUUCUACCAUAAGUUAUCUUGUCCCAGGUAACAAGCAGAAUUUACUGAAGUGUGAAGCAACAAAGGUCCUACUGGACUGUAUUCAGAAGAAGAAACCCACCAAAGACAAUCCAACUUCCUCAAAAUCUCAAAACAAAGACAAGAUGAAAUCUGAAAUACCAAAGAAUAAAUCCAAACCUAAACUUGUUAUUGUGAAAUCUCAGAACUCAAACGAUCCUGGCCCCAGUAAUGGUGCUGUUACAGACAAAACUUCUGUUAAGAAACAGCUGUCACUAAAGAGGAAGAAACCUGUAAUAUACGAGUCGGAUGACAGUGACCUAGAUUUUGGUGAACAGAGCACGGAUUGUUUUGUGGUGAAAAAACAUUAUGUAGAUUCUUCUGCAAACUCAGAUUCCAACCCAAAUCUAAGGAAUGAAGAAAGGGGGAAUAUGAAUGGACAGGUGAAUGAUACAGACAGUGUGGGUAAUUCUCAAGAUGAUGCUAUACAACUGGACUCUGACAGUAAUGACUGAAUCAGAAUUUAACAGUUGUGAUCAUUCUCAUUCGAAAGAGAGGAAGAUGGUACAAUCACAGGCUUGGGUUCUGCAGAGAAAACAUACAUAUAUUUAGGGAACUUUCAAGCAAGUUUGUUUGGCAUGAGUCCUUAUACUACAUUAACUUGAAAAUAUGUGCUGAUUCAGCAGAUUUACAUGAUACAUCAAAAUUGUGUAUAUUAAGUAGCAACCUUCAGACUUGUUAUUGGAUAAUUGAUCAGAGAUAUGGUGUAUACAUUAACACAUGAUGAAAAGAAUAUUUUUAAAAAUUUUGAUGUUCUUGUUGUGUAAUUUGUGUUUUAAAACAAUUACAUGUGUAUUAUUUUUGUUGGGGUGAAGGUGGUUUUCAGACCAGGUCACCUGAGAACUUGACUCUUAUUACUUAUUUAAAAAAAAUGAUAUCUGAAGCUAUAGGCAUUUUGCAUACCUUGUUCACCCAUCCUUUUUAAUUAAAUGAUACAUAACAGU